AUGACCUCCGCAACCUCCUCAUCUUCCGCCUUGAAUGGCGAAAUCAAUUCCUCUUCCAAGCUACUUGCAUCGUCGCUGGCCCGAUUACCCAAAUUGCAGAAUGUCAGCACGACUGCGCCCACUACUGGCCACCCUUCUACAUACUCCACCUCUUACUCAAUUCCUUCAGCUCCUGCCACCACUUCCAUUACCACUUCAACUGCUACCUCCAGCCCUGCCUUCGCUGCUCGAGGCAGCUUCUCCAACGCAUCAAGCCCGGCCGGAACCCCUUUUAUGCUCGCAGCCGAUAGUGUUCGAGGUCGAUAUCUUCCAUAUGCUCUUUCUUCUCCUGUCCCUCUGGAGUUAGAUGAGACCCCAGACAACAUGGCGGUUGCGGCGAGUCUCCCUUCAGACCAGACUAUGCCUGGAAAGGGUACGACAACACCUACGUCGAGCAGCACAACCGGAUUGAUGCGAAGAAUCUCUCGCGGUGCCGCAAGUAAGUUGACUAGGCGACGCCAGUCGUCUACGCAGCGUGAUAAACGCGAUCACAGCUCCGGACCACUCAUCAUGCGACGGCGAAGUGAUAGCAAGGCUCAUCCACGCAAUUGUCGCGAAAGCACCAUGGAUUCCAGUUUUGAUGACGAAGACAUUGACAUUUACGAGCCGUUCAAUUCCUGGUAUGGCUCGGAAGCUACUAGCAUCAACAGCGAUCUACCCCCUACCCCGUUCAUUACCCGCGAACUCGGUGCUGUUGCGCCAAAAGUGGAUUCAGCACUGCAGCGUGGUACCCUCCUCACAAAGGUAACCAAAAAGAAAAGCAAGCAAGUGCGAUUCUUCUUGGACUUCGAUGCUGCCAAGGUUCGAUGGGAUUUGACAAAUCCUUCAAAAAGAUUCUACAUUGACGACAUCAAAGAGAUUCGUGUGGGCGCGGAUGCUCGCAACUAUCGCGAAGAAUAUCAAAUAACCGCCGAAGCCGAAAGUCGAUGGAUCACCAUUGUCUUCGCCGACCCGGAUCGGUCCAAAGGCCGGCCAGUGAAGACGAUGCAUCUUAUCACGCCUGACGAUUAUACGUUGGAACUUUGGACGGCCACUCUAGAGCACAUCUCGAGGUACCGUAUCGGUCUCAUGGCUGGCCUGGCUGGAUCGAGUCAGAGUGACACAAUCUUGCGGGCACAUUGGCAACGAGAGUUCUCGAGACUCUUCCCGCAAGGGUCUCUGCCAGGAGAGGUCGAGGCUCUUGAUCUGCCCGCCAUUGAGUCUGUUUGCCAAAGCUUGCACAUAAACUGUUCGAAGGACAUGCUCCGCACACAGUUCAUGAAAGCCGAUGUCAAUGCCACUGGCAAACUGGACUAUUCCCAGUUUAAAGAAUUCAUUUCCGGCCUUAAAGAAAGGAAGGAUCUUCGACGAAUUUACAAAGAUAUAGCUAUCAGCGACCCUGAUGAGGGCCUCAGUCUCGACGAAUUUCUGCAAUUUUUGCACGACGUUCAGAAGGAGGACAUUGUUCGUGACAGAGAGUAUUGGGUGUUGAUUUUUGAACGGGUGGUUCGUCGCGCCCGCGCUAGGACCCAAAGCCAACCAGAUUUUACUGAGGGUUACCUGCCACGGAUGAAUCUUGAUGCCCUUUCGUCAUUUUUGCAAUCUGAAGCUAACGGCAUAUAUUCGUCCCACGCUCCUGAGUCUCCGUUCGAUCGCCCUCUCAAUGAAUAUUACAUCUCAACCUCGCACAACACCUACCUGCUAGGCCGCCAGGUUGCUGGUGCAUCUAGUACGGAGGCUUAUAUCACUGCGCUGCAACAGGGCUGUCGCUGCAUUGAGAUUGACUGUUGGGAUGGCUCUGAUGGACGCCCAAUUGUAUCACAUGGCAGGACGAUGACAACCAGCGUCCUGUUUGCUGAUUGCAUCACUGUUAUUAAUCGUUAUGCAUUCAUCUUCACUGAUUUCCCCUUAAUUAUCUCCCUCGAAGUUCACUGCAACCCUGAACAACAACUCGCUAUGGUCAAGAUCAUGAAAGAGAGUUUUGGAGACCAGCUGGUUCUCGAGCCGUUGCUUAAAAACUGCGCUAUACUUCCGUCACCCGAAGAAUUGAAGAACCGCAUCCUGAUCAAGGUCAAAACAUGCGACGAGCCGCAAACCAGCUUCUUUCCUGAUGUUCCACUGAGUACACCACCCUUCCACGGACGUAAGAGAAGUUCAAGCACACCGUUUUUGCGCAGCACUGGAUACGAAAGCUCCAACUUUGAGAUUCCUCUUUCUAGCCCUCCAACUAUUGGCCCCUCCCCUGAUGCUGCAAUGCCAAUGCCUUUCAUUACUCCAGGGCGCCGUUCGGGAACGACUACCAGUUUGAGCAGUGCCACAGAGGACAGCGACAGCGCAUUGGUGAACUCUGCCAAGGCCGAAAGGAAACGCCGACAGCGAAGCAAAAUCACCAAACCCUUGUCAGACCUUGGCGUCUAUACUCGUGGUUAUAAAUGGCACAGCUUCGCUGCUCCUGAAAGCAAGCAGUAUAACCAUGUGUUUUCCUUUGCAGAACGAGCUUUUGAAAGUGUCAGUCGCGACGUAGAAAACAGGGCGCUUUUUGAGACUCAUAACAAGCGAUUCCUCACUCGAGUCUAUCCUUCUGGAUACCGCUUGCGAUCUUCGAAUUUUGAUCCGACUUCAUUCUGGAGGAGCGGCGUCCAAAUGGCUGCAUUGAACUGGCAGACAUAUGACAUCGGUAUGCAGAUGAAUCAGGCUAUGUUUGCCGCCGGAACCGAUCGGACUGGAUACAUACUGAAGCCAGAGAGCAUGCGUCGCCCUGCCUCGACUUUGGAGUCUUUGAAUAGCAAGACCCCCGCUACUACUGAGAGAGUGCUAGUCCGCUUGUCAAUGGAUAUGAUUUCCGCUCAACAGCUUCCACGACCGCGCAGCAUGGACCCCGAUGACAAUAUUAAUCCGUAUAUCGAAAUUGAGUUGUAUACGGCAGAUGAUCGUGGCCAGUGUGUCGCAUUUGGAGAAGGCGGCCAAGCCGUGACUCGCAAUACCAUGUCUGGUCUUGGUCUGCCUCUUAAGCGACGAACGAGAAUCGAGGCUAGUAACGGAUUCAGUCCGAUUUUCAACGAGCAAUUCCGCUUGGCAGUUGAGACAAAAUAUCCCGAUCUAAUCUUCAUUCGUUGGGUUGUGUACAAUUCACCAGAUGGCCGUUCAGCCAAUACAAACGCCACCAAUAUCCCGCUUGCUUCUUUCACAGCCAAACUCAGCAGCAUGUCGGAGGGAUACCGUUACUUGCCUUUGUACGAUAACAGUGGCGAUCAGUAUCUGUUUUCUACUCUGUUUUGCAAGAUCACCAAAGAGACUCCAGUUCCAGUCCAACGGCUUGAUUUAGACGAGCUUAAGGCGGAGCGAACGGGUAUCUUCCGACAGCUUGGUCAGACAGUGUUCAAGCGAGCGUUAUCUACAGAGCGAGCCCAUGAUCGGCAAAAAGUCGACCGGCUGGAUUCCGAGUCUCUCAGAAGCAGGGAUUCACCGUCUCUUGUUCCGGUAUUGUCGGCAUCUCCCACAAUUCCACCUCUAAAAAUGGCUUAA